GAAGGAACAUUUAAAUAUGUUAAAUUCUAAGGAGGUUAGAAAAAUUACCAGAGCAUAUAAUGAACUUGGUGCUGUACUUGUUGAAUAUGAAAUGAUUCAUCAUAUUGUUUGGCAAAACAGUGUUGUUUCUACUUUAAAAGGUUUACAUGUGCCAAUUCUAGUUCAUCAUCCAGAAACUAAAGAAUUUCAUAUUAAUUUUGCUAAAUCAUUAUUCCAAACUAUCAGAGAAGCAACAUGUUUACAAAGAAUUGGACUUGAAAUUCCGGCAAAUAUUAAAAUAUUGCUUCAUGGAGAAAGAGAAUUAAAAAGCAAUUUCAAUACAAUGAAGUUUAUUCUUGAAGAUUAUUCUGAUUUGAAAAAUAGUGUACCUCAGGUUUUAAAAGUACUGAUGGAACCUUUAUUACAAAGGAUAAUAAACUCCUUAAAGCCUGGUACAACAGUGUUAACUUGGUCAUCUUUAUUGCUAAAUUCAUUUUUUUCUGAUGUCAAAGAAGAAUUAUCUUAUGUUAGAAAUAUUCUUAAAGAGAUCCUGGAUAUUAUGAAAGCAAGAAUUGAUGUUCUGUUAGAAGAUAUCUGUAAUACUUCAUUAAUCGAUUUUCCUGAAGAUGAAGUGUUGUCGUUAUAUGAAUUUAUUGAUAGAACUAAGAAAUGUUGUGAUAAAUGUAUUUUAGAAUUGAAUUUUAAAAUUCAAGCAAUCCAUAAUUCAAUUCAAGAUUUAAUUGGAAUAUUUAUGACAGAAGGAACUAAGUGUAGAGAGAUCUCUACAAAAAAGGAAAUUUAUAUUGCAAAUUUACGAAAAACCUAUUUUAUUGGUGAUGAUACAGAUGAAAUAGAUGCACAAGAAGAUUCCUUUUUCUCCUUGCAUGAAGAAUAUGAUGAAUUAAGACAUUUUUUUGGUACAAAGAUUACAGAUUCUAUAAUACAUUGCAUUAGACAUUCUCUUGUUGUAUUACAUAAGAGAGUUGUUUCAAAAUCGUAAGUAUUUAUUUAUGAGUAAGUAAUUAUAGUAGAGCAUCGUUUAUCUGAAUCAAUUGGGGACUAGGGUUGUUUGG